CCUCCCUCAGGCGCGCGCGUAACAGCCAGAGCGCACUCGAGGCGCGUCAUCUAAACGUGUGACGGUAACUUUUGAUGGAUUACUCCACCUGUAAGUGCUCAGGUGCAGCUCACUUCUCUGCAUCCACCUGCUAGUGCGCAUCUUUCUCCAAGACUGUCCAGAACUCAAGCAAGCAGAACAUGCAUUUAUUUUCAUGUCUGAAUCUAUCCACGCUGGUGGUGCUGUGCGCGAUCUCGGAGCCAGGAGCGCGCGCUGCCACUACAGGCUGUCCGACGUGCGGUUUACCGGCGAUGGAGAAGGGCUCGGAGCAGCAGUACCUGGUGGAGAUCGCCAAACAGCAGAUCCUGAGCAAACUGCACCUGCGGGAGAGGCCGAACAUCACGCAGACGGUCCCGCGGGCGGCGCUCAUGACGGCGCUGCGGAAGCUCCACGCUGGCCGCAUCAGACAGGACGGAACCCUGGAGCUGGAGAACAACCUGCCGAACUCGCGCUCCAGCAACCAGGCGUACGAGAUCGUGAGCUUCGCUGAUGUCGACGGUGAUCUCCCUAACAGCAUCGACACCAGUUUAUCCUUCCAGUUCCUGCAGGAGAAAGGCCACAGUGUUCAGGUUCUGCAGUCCUCAUUAUGGCUGUACCUGCGUCCGUCUGAAAACAGCCGUAUCAGCGCAGAAAUAUACCUGUCGGACGGCGCAAACCGAACCCUGGUUCUGCAGAGGAGCGUAGACGCGGCGCGGGGCGGAUGGCACACCUUCCCCGUCGCAAGCACACUGCAAGCAUUUCUGGACGGCGGACAGCGGCGUCUGCGUCUGGAGGUGCACUGCGAGGAUGCAGGACGAAAUCUGUGCAAAAAAGAGCCGACAGAAGACUCGUCCCAUCAGCCGUUUCUUGUUGCACAAGUGCGUCUGCGUGAAGAUCCGUCCAAGCACGCGCUCAGCAAACGCUCCCUGCGCUGCGGCGACGAUGUAAGCGUGUGCUGCAAGAAAGACUUUUAUAUUAAGUUUCGAGACAUUCAGUGGCAGGACUGGAUCAUUGCUCCUGAGGGCUACCAUAUGAACUAUUGCAUGGGUCAGUGUCCUCAGCAUUUAUCCGGCUCUCCCGGCAUCGCUUCUUCAUUUCACGCUAGCGUUUUCAGCCAGCUGAAAGCAAACGGUAUUAAUACCGCGGUGUCGUCCUGCUGCGUGCCCAUUCAGAGACGCCCGCUGUCUAUGGUCUACUUUAAUUCACAGCACACUAUUGUGAAGACCGACGUGCCGGAUAUGAUAGUUGAAUCGUGUGGGUGCACAUGAACAAUGCUCAUUCGUUAUUUAGGCUUAUUUAUAGUUGAAGAGUAAAUUAUUCCUGUGAAAUUUAAAUGCACAUAUUUCCCUUAAGUGCUGUUGUGUUUCAUCAAGCUAAUUUCUAAUGACUGAUUCCUUUGCCAUGAUGGCAGUGCAUCUUAUUUUACUAGUUGUUUUGCAACAUACUCAAGUGCAAUUUAUAAGCUUAACUAUUGUAACUAGUAUAAUUAACUUAUUUAUUAAGGUAACUGGUUGCAAACUAUUAAUUUGGGCUCAAUUUAAACAAACAUAUUAAGUUGACAAUACUAAAUCUAAUAUAUUUGUUUAAAUUCAGCUCAUAUUAAGUGUUUGCAAUCACUUACCUUAAAAAAAUGCAUCAUUUUUGUCAGAGUAGGUUAACUAGGUUAAUUAUUGGACAACUGUGGUUUGUUCUGUAACCAAUCAGAACAGCAACAUUAAUUAUAAUGACAUUAAAAACUGCUUUUAUCCCAGCCAAAUUAAAAGAUUUUACAAGGUAGACAAUAUUAUAGGAAAUCCUGUGAAUGUUCUGUGUAAAGGCACUUGGGGGAUGAGUGUUCAAAUUUCCGUAAUAAAUUUGCCUUCAACUGUAUGUGCUGAAAUCCUCUCUAAUGGAGGCUUCGGCUGCAUGUGAGCAAAGCUUAUGCAUUAUCGCUCCUCAUAAAAUGCUCAGGGAAAUCAAAGUCACUGUAAAUGCAGACUGACCUGUGAUGUGGAGGAAACACAGGGUUCCCACGGGUCCAGGAAUUGCUGGAAUAUGUAUUUAUAUAUAUAUAUAUUUGUCCAGGUCAUGAAAUAUCAGGGAUUUCUGUGUGUCACUUUAAAUUUUACAAAUGUAAUUGGUUUAUGUCAUGCUGUUUCACGCCUAUUCUUGUUAUGUCUAGUUAUUUUCAGCUCAAUUGUAAUUAUUUCUUAUCAACUGCACUGCACAAAUUUGUUGUUGCCUUAAUGUUAUUAGUUUAAAUUAAAUGUGUAAAUCAACUUACAUCAAUUAAACAGACUUAGAAUAGCAUGUUAAAACAUGUGCAACUUAAAAUAAUCAUUUAAAAGUAACAUAAUAUCACCUUUUGGUCAUUAUUUAACAGUGUUGAAAUCACUGAAGCCAAUCGCAUGCUUUUAGGGCUAACAUUUUAGGAUAAUAUAAGAGCUUUGGCUUCAAUAUUUGGCUUUAAAUGAAAACUCAAGCUAAAUAUAAACUGCCAUUGAGCUAACAAUCUAAUCUAAUCAGAAAUUGAUCAAUUAUUGUUCUCAUGGAGGCUAUUAAAGUCAUGCAAAAUAAUAUCCAAGCUUAAAUAAUUGUAAUAUUAUGAUGCAAUUAUUUGACCAUGCUAAUCUAAUAUUAUAUUAUUAAUGUGCAAGCACAACAGCGGCCUACAUGUCCAUGCAAUCCAGCUUUUAAGUCAGCGAAAGGAUAUUUGAUAUUAAAGUGGGAACCCUGUAUAUAUAUUUAGAUAUUAGUAGUGCAUCAGUUGUGUAAGUGUAGCAUCAGAAUCUGACGAAGGUGUUUUUUUCUCAAGAGUUCUUCUUUUGUGACUGUUUACGCUACAUUGCACCAGCAAAUGCAACUCAAUCUGUGCUCCAAGCUGCUUUAUUCAGUUCAAACAGACACGCUUUGGCUUUUAUUUUGUAAUAUUAAUACAUUUUAUUUAUGGGAUAAUCUACAAACAGUACAAUAAUCUACAUUGCACAUGUUACACGUGUAUUUCUGCCAUGUUUAUGCGUUUAUUUUUUUAUGUGUUACGACAUUUCUCACUUUGUCUAGUUUGAAGCACUUCCUAGGGAUGCAUACUAGCUAGUGUAGGGUUUCAUGCUAACAGCAUUUUUUGCACUUUACUGUACCUGUUAUUUUUUUGCGUAGAUAAGCCAUGCAAACCCAAUCUACACUGUGUGUUUUGUGUAUGUUUUUGCUUUGACUGAAAUAUGAUACUGUAACUUAUGGCACAGCUCCCUCCGAAGGAGCACAGAGAUUAAUCCUUUCUAUAAUUUUAUAUAAUAAAGGGAUAUUUUCUUAAGUGUGAUAUAGCUUGGAAAAAAACCUGUUGUACUUUGUAAUUUUGCUGAAUAUAUAUUUUUAAAAAUAAAGAGUUUUUUA